AUGAGCGCGGAUGGUUCCACAGCAUCGGGUGGGGCGGAACACUUCCUUGUCAACACCGCCAAGGCUGGAGGUGGAAUCGCCAGCAACAGCAGUGCCACCUGCAGCUGCAGCCACACCUCCAGCAGCAUCAGAAAUGACAAAGAGCCUCCGUCCCUCUCUGAUUUAUUGUCUCGCAGAGACUUCGCCGCUGCAGCCUCUCUCGUGCAACUUACCAGGUCCAGCAGGACCCCCAAAUCCGCCUUGCCGAAGACCGAUCUGUGGGUGGCUUAUUGCUUCUACCAUUCAAGGGCAUAUGAGCAAGCCUUGCUACUAUACGAGACACUCUCAAAGAUAUCAGUUCGAGAUAUCCAAUAUAGUGACAGGAUCUCAUGGGAGUCUAUCAAAGCGGGGAGAGAACCCCGAGCUGAGGCGAAACCAGAAACACACAGCGCCCUCAAUGAAACUACUUCAAUAGGACAUAAUAGUCCCGAUGAUAUUGCUGCAGCUGAGGCAACUCUGAGCGAAAUGACAGAGGAGGAGAUAGAGGGGCUGCCGCUACUGAUAGCAGCGUGUCACUUCCGGUUAAGGCAACCAGAAAAGGGACUCGUUGAAAUUAAACGAGCCCCGCCAUCACCAAAGCAGCGCCGGUUGCUCCUUCUUUUACGUAUGCAACAGCAGCAGCAUCAACAGCAGAAAACCCAGCAACGGCAUGGGGGGGAAGCGUGGUUUGCCAUUGACAAAGAGAUUGAAGCUCUAGAGGGUGGUAGCACCGAAGAUAUACUGUGUGCUGCCGCUGCACAUUUCUUUCGUUGCCGAUUUGAAAAGGCAGUAAAACUAUAUGAGGAUUUGUUAUCUGUACACCCCGAGGCCUUCGCAUUCAAGGUAUACGAGGCAAUUUGCUGCUACAAGAUGGGUGAAAUAGACAAGGCCCAAUCCCUGGCCGAGGAUUACUUGUCUGUACACCCGCUUUCCCUUGUAGCCUCAAAUGUGCUUUUCUGUUGUCUCAUGGAAAGGGGAGACAAACAAGCAGCUCACGCGCUGCUGCAGGAACUUGGCAAGCAGACAGGGACACCUAUCGAAGACCUGCAGACUGCCUAUGACCCUCUGAGGCUCAACGUGUGUCUCUUUACACAAGAAGAAGCUAACUCUAUCCCAAUGGAACUCCUUUCGCUUGUGGAUAGUAUCCCAGAGGCUCGUUAUAACCUUGCCGUUAACUAUCUCAGGCAAAACAGACCCGAGCGAGCUCUGGCACUGUUGCAGGAAGUCUCUCUAAAUAUCAGCGCGUCAUGCAGAGCCAAAGCGGUGAAGGCAGCUGCAUUGCUCCAACUAGGGCAGCAGCAAAUGAAGAGAUGUCUCUUGGAGGAGGCUGAGAGUCUCUUUUUAGAAGUUGCAGAGGAAGCUCCACAGACGCGCCAAGGCUCUGCUUCAAGAUUGGAGAGCCUAAUGCUUGCGCACUACCUAAAGAACGACCUUGAGAAGGCGUGGGGAUACGGCGAACAGCUCAAGAGCAUUGACAACCAUCAGCCUGCUGUCUGGUGGUCCCUUAUGAGCAUUGCGGUGUCGCUGGGUCGCGAAGAAGAGGCCCUCGACUGCCUGCUGCACAUCGAAGAUGAAAGCUACUGGCAAGAUGAGCUUUACCAGCAGUGGUUUGUGCGCCUCCACAUUAAGGCGGGACUACACAGAGAAGCCUUCCGUCUCUGCCUCCAGCAGCAAGGCAACCCUGGCUUCCCUAAGCUGAUGCUUCAGUGCGCUGUAGACUGCCAUGUCAUGCAACACUACCGUAGCGCACUUGAGGCGUUCUCCAUCGUUUUGCAGUUGGAACCGACAGAGAACAGCGAAAAGGGUUUUCGUGCUGCUGCUUCUGGGCUUGUGCUUCAUAUUGCAUGCGGCAAGGAAAACGGGGAUACACUGCCUUGGCUGUUACAGCUACUGAGGAGCGUAGGUGAUCCCCAACUGGAUGAGGUCCGAGCCGCAGCAGAGCACCUCAUGUUGCACUUUGCAGAACAGAAGCAGCAGAAAAUACAUGCAGAAACGGAGGGGGAUUGA